UUUCAUAUUUAGUGAAAUAUCCAGACCAGUGGCCCAGCUGGCCUUUUGAUUUUAAAUUACAGUUACUUUAAAUUAACUACUCCUUCAAAGUCAGAUACUUCCCCUUUGACUCCAUAACUGUCUGACCUCCGCACUCCCAUGUAUUGCUGAAAUAAAAAUGGCCAAAUCUCUCCAAAUUCAUCACAGAAGAAAGCUCCAGUCCAUUAAAAAAACCAGUAUGUUACCAUUAAAACCAUUAGCAGAUACUUUUAGCUAAAACCCACCAAACCGGAAGGCAUGCCAAUCCAAAGAUAUCAUUUUGGUUCACCCAUUUUCUUUCUCUUCCUUCUUCUUCUUCCAUUGACGCCAUUCACUGCAUUUGGGUACGGUUUGAUGGGCCCAAUUGCUGCUGCAUUUGGCAACAAUGGGUUCUUCUGCGCCAUUGAUGCAAGUGGGGAGCAAGAAAUCAUAUGCUGGGACAAAAACAACAAGUCCACAACUUCAUCAUCAUCAUCAUCUUCAUCAACUCCAUAUUUAGGUUCUCCCCCACCAAUGGCCUCUCUCUCUGGCGGUGAGGGCUUUAUGUGCGGCAUAACAUCAAACGCUUCAAAAGCAUAUUGCUGGAGCACAGUCAGUUCAGGUACAGGUCUUGUCCCUCCAAGCUUUGAAGACAUUUUUUAUUCACAAAUUGCUGCAGGAAAAGACCAUGUUUGUGCCAUUAGAGGGGAUUAUUUCUCAAGAACAGAUCUUGGCCCAGUUGACUGUUGGCAAUUUGGCCAACCGAUGAGCAAUAGCUCAAACAACAUGACCUUUGUUGAUAACUUUUUAUUUCAUGAUCCCUCCAUUGAUGGGUUUGCUUUCAGGAAGAUUGUUUCUGGGGAGGGUUUCACUUGUGGUGUUGUUAAGGAAGGUGGUGUAAUUUGCUGGGGACCCCAAUCCGCAAACAUGGGAUUUUCCUCUAUUUCAGGUAAUUUCAAGACUUUGGUUUCAAGUAGGAACUCUGUUUGUGGGAUUUCCAGUGUAUCUUGGGAAGUAGAAUGUUGGGGUAAAGCUGAUGAAUUUGGUGGAAUUCCACCAAAUGGUACUCGCUUUGUGGGUUUAUCUGCUGGUGCACAGCACUACUGUGGAAUACGUGAGGAUGAUCAUAUCGUUGACUGCUGGGGAAUCUACAAUGCUUCAUUAGUACCAAAAGGUUCUGGGUUUAUGUCAAUUGCUUCAUCAGAUCAUACUACUUGUGGGAUUAGAGAGGUUGAUUUGGUUCUUGAUUGUUGGGGUGUUCAUGGGCAGUCUCCACCAGACUAUAGCCCACCUCUGCAAUUGUGCAGUCCAGGUGUUUGUUCUCCUGGCUCAUGUUCUUCCGGGAAGUUCGCGUUCAAUGCUAGUGUCUUGGAUGAGCCAGGAUUGACCAGUUUGUGUCAUAGACAUGAUCUGAAAAUUUGCUUGCCUUGUGGGACUAAAUGUUCUCAAGGCUAUUUUCUUUCAAGUCCAUGUAGUGAGAAUGCAGAUAGAACAUGCACUGCCUGUUCACUUUGCCAGAACAGCUCUUGUUUGGUUGUCUGCGGGAUUUCAUCUUCGUUUUCGAGGAUUCCAGAGAAGAAGCAGCAAGAGAUGAUAAGGAAAUUGAUAAUCAUCAUUGGUUCAACGUUGUUGGUUUCUUUGCUAGUUUUAAUAGGGUGGUAUAUUCUUCCUUGGAUGAUCAAAACGAAGGAUGAAGAAGGUGAUCAGCACCACUUCAAAUUUUGUGCAGGAAAGCCAGUGGUUGAGGCUGACACUGAAAUAAGUCUACAAACAUCACUUUCAGCUAGUGAGUUUGUCAGAACAAUCCAAGUCUUCCGGCUUUCAGAACUAAAAGAUGCCACACAUGGCUUCAAGGAAUAUAAUGAGCUAGGAAGGGGAAACUUCGGUUUUGUCUACAAAGCUGUUCUUUCUGAUGGAUAUCAGGUAGCAGUCAAAAGGGCUAAUGCAGCCACUAUAAUUCACACAAAUAUCAGGGAGUUCGAGGUAGAACUCGAAAUUCUGUGCAACAUUCGACACAGCAAUGUGGUGAACUUGUUGGGUUAUUGUGCAGAAAUGGGGGAAAGGCUGCUGGUUUUUGAGUUCAUGCCACAUGGAACACUUCAUGAUCAUCUCCAUGGAGAACUCUCACCACUAGAUUGGAACCUGAGGUUGAAAAUUUCAUUGCAAGCUGCAAAAGGGCUUGAAUACCUUCACGAAGUAGUAAAACCUCCCAUGAUUCAUAAGGAUGUAAAGACUUCAAACAUUCUUCUGGACUCUGAGUGGGGAGCGAGAAUUUCGGACUUCGGGCUGAUGAGUGCCAGUGACAAGGAUCUUGAUGGAGAUAUGGAAGGUGAUGUUUACAAUUUUGGAAUUGUUCUGCUUGAGAUACUUAGUGGAAGAAAAGCUUAUGACAGAGAUUGUACACCUUCAGGAAUUGUUGAAUGGGCCUUGCCAGUAAUAAGGCAGGGAAAAGCAGCUGCAAUUAUCGACCGCAAUGUGGCUCUACCAAGAAAUGUUGAACCAUUGCUGAAACUUGCUGAUAUUGCAGAGCUUGCUUUGAGAGAAGAUCAUAGUAUGCGCCCAAAUAUGUCUGAAAUUGUAUGUUUGUUGGAUCAGAAUAUGAAGGGUGGAUUGACGAUGUAAUUAAACAUAUAUUUGAUUUUUGAGGAGAAAGAUCUGUUUUCGGCCUUUUUGUUAUCUUGGUUAUAAUGUGCAUUUUCAUUCUUUUUAGAUUAUUUUCUGCUUUUCACAAAGUGAAGGACACAAAAUCUCCAUUUCAUUCAUGUAUUUCAGCAAUUCUUGA